AUGUGUGAUUUCGUUAAUACUGCGAAUAAUGUGAUAAAUCAAGGCCAGGAUUGUGCAAGUGAUAUUUUCCAAUUGUUGCAGGUGUUACAUGGUUAUGAGGCAGCGUUGUUCUGCUGCAUUCUUUGGAGUAUUUGGAAGCAACAGAACAACAAGGUUUGGAAUGAUGUGAUUGAAGCGCAUGUUGCUGUUCUGGAUCGUGCAAAAGUACUUUUACAAGACUGGAGAGCAGCUAAAUUCUAUCAGCAACAACCUUCAAGGAUACAAAAUAACGCUGAUACUUCAAAGUGGAAGAAACCAGCUGUAGGUCGAUAUAAAUGCAAUAUCGACGCCUCUUUCUCUAAGCACUUAAAUAAGGUGGGUAUAAGAAUGUGUAUAAGAGACAACACAUGUACGUUUGUCUUAGCUAAAACUGAAUGGUUUAGUCCGAUAUGUGAAGUUCAUAUACGAAAAGCUCUUGGUUUAUUAUCUGCUCUAGAAUGGGUUCACGAGCUUAAUCUUGGUCCUAUGAAUUUUGAGAUGGAUUCGGAAAAGGUUGUUGAUAAUUUCUUAUCGACAGAUCAUGAUGCAAUUGAAUUCAAAAAUAUCAUUCAAAAUUGUCAAUCUCUUUUUAGGAAUUAUUAUGAAAACUCUAAGGUAGAGUUUGUACGGAGACAAGCAAAUGAGGCAGCUCACAUUUUAGUUAAGGCGGCUACAUUGUCAACUAGUUUCCAGAUAUUAUAUGUAAUACCUGAUUGUAUUGAGCACAUUCAAAAGUGA